UGGAUCUUCUCCUACUUGCUGUUCCAUAUCUCUCUCUCCCUCUCUCUGAGUGAUCUGAGGGGAAUUCAGGGAGAGAUCUGACAUGCCUUCGCCCGAUGCUGCCAAGAAAAGGGAAGCGCCCUCUCUCAAGUCGCCUUCCUCGCUCUUCCCGUACGCCGUCUUCCUAACCCUAAUCAUCAUCUUCCUCUCCUCCACUUUCCUCACUUCCCCUGCCUCCCCUCCUCCUCCCCCUCCCAAAGAGAAGGUCUCCCGAUCCUGCAACCUCUUCGACGGCCGAUGGGUCCGCGACCCGGAAACCCGGAAACCCAUGUACGACGAGACGUGCCCGUUCCACCGGAACGCCUGGAACUGCUUGAGAAACCAGCGAGAGCACAUGGUCACGAUCAAUUCUUGGAGAUGGGUCCCCAAAGGUUGCAGCUUGGACCGGAUCGACCCGGUUCGGUUCCUGGGUCUGAUGAGGAACAAGAACAUUGGGUUCGUGGGGGACUCUUUGAACGAGAACUUCUUGGUUUCGUUCCUUUGUAUACUGAGGGCGGCCGAUGCGGGUGCCAAGAAGUGGAAGAGGAAAGGGGCGUGGAGAGGGGCUCAUUUUCCCAAGUUUAAUGUCACGGUUGCUUACCACAGAGCGGUGCUAUUGGCUAAAUACGAGUGGCAGCCGAAAGAGCCCACUCUGGCUGAAGGACAAGGAUCAAAAGGUUUUUAUCGAGUAGAUGUGGACAUACCUGCUGAUGAUUGGGCCCACAUCAAUGACUUCUAUGAUGUCCUUGUUUUCAAUACUGGUCACUGGUGGGGUUCUGAUAAGUUCCCGGAAGAGACACCUCUAGUCUUUUAUCAGGCUGGACGCCCCAUCUUCCCACCACUCAAGAUGUUGGAUGGACUCAGAGUUGUUCUUGAGAAUAUGGUUUUGCAUAUACAAAGGAAAAUCCCCAAUAAGACCCUCAAGUUCUGGCGGUUACAGUCGCCGAGGCAUUUUCACGGUGGAGACUGGAAUCAGAAUGGCAGUUGUCUGUUCAAUGAGCCACUCCUGGAUUCUCAGCUUGAUAUGUGGUUUGAUCCCAGCAACAAUGGGGUGAAUAAAGAAGCAAGACUGCUGAAUGAUCUGAUCAAAGGCAUACUGCAAGGAUCGGAUAUUCAGUUGCUGGAUUUGACACAUUUGAGUGAAUACAGAGCUGAUGCCCAUCCAGCAAUUUGGUUGGGAAAGAAGGACGCAGUAGCUGUUUGGGGCCAAGAUUGCAUGCACUGGUGCUUACCAGGUGUGCCCGAUACAUGGGCCGAUAUUUUGUCCCAACUAAUCCGUCAUGGCUUGGAGAGACAGUGACGAACUAGGAAGCAUCAUGCAAUGGUGACUGUUGAAGAUGGCGAUGAAGCUAGCUGGUUGAAUUUUGAGAAGGCGUUUCACACCUAAUCAUGUGAAACUAUCUUUGAAAUUCUUAAAUUAUUUGCUGGUAGACUUGCAGCUGCUCCAUGACUUGUGACGAACUCGGAACUGACGAUUUUAAAGUGAAGCGUCUGCUUCAUGGCUAGCAACAAGCUUUACCAGUCAACCAUCGAGACACUUCAAUCACAACAUGUUAGGAACCCGAAUCCAAGGGUCUCCAUUGUCGCCGGUGUGCUUGCCUUAACCAUGGCGGUCAUUUUUUAAAGCUUAUGGCUCAUAGAUCUCAAGUUUGUUCUUCCUUGUAGAUGAGCUAUUCUCUUUCUUGUUUUAGUGGGGAGGUGGGUGAAGAAAAGGGGACAUAUCCAGGUUGGUCUCUCUGACACGACCAUUGUGUAAAGACGACAUUUGAAUUAAGAAAUAGAUGAGCAUAGUUUAUUCUUUCGUUCAA